AGCCAUCCUAAUCAGCCGAGCAGUUGCUCUCUGCAUAUGUCACAAAUUGCACACUCUAGCCCUUUCACAAUGAGGCUUGUUUUUGGUAUUAUGAUGCUACUUGGCGUCUUAUCGCAGUAUCUGGUCACAGUAAUCUCGGCUAAACAUAACAAAAAUCCACUCGUGGUUUUGAUGUUGGAUGGCUUCCGUUACAACUACUUGGACAAAGUUGUCAAUAACCCAGGAGGGUUCAAUGAGUUUUUGACCAAGGGAGUCCGCGCCGAAUGGGUGAACGGAGUCUUCCCCACGCUCUCCUACCCAAGUUGGACAACCCUGAGUACAGGGCUGUACCCUGAGAGCCACGGUAUUCUGGGCAACUACUUCUUCAGCCGAGACCACAACAAACAGUUCUUGCUGGAAGGUGCCAACAAUGAGACGUUCUGGUGGAGCAAGGCAGAGCCAAUUUGGACCACUGCUACAAAAAAUGGCCUGCGAGUUGCAACGAUUUUGUGGUCUCGGAGUGAUGUUCCUGUGCAUGGCGUUUUACCAGAGAAAAAUCAAGGUUAUUUUGUGGCUAGAGGCGUCCAAGCGAUUGAGAAAACGUUGAAUAAAGUUGUUUCCUAUUUAGAUGAAGGGUUUGAUUUAGUUAUGGCUUAUGGAGAGCACAUUGAUAACAUGGGUCACUCCAAAGGCCCUGAAUCCUAUGAAGUUCAACAAGGGUUACUUGACGUGGGAAAAGCACUUCAAGAAUUUUUUAACGCGCUCGAAAUAAAAAAUUUGAAGGACAAAACCAACAUUGUAAUAGUGUCUGACCAUGGGAUGACCAGCCACACUUCGUUCAUCAAUUUGUAUGAAAAUUUGCCAAAAGACGACAUCCUCCACGUGAUGGACCAAGGAGCGUUGGCUUUGGUUUACUUGAAAGAAGGGCAUUCGCCCACGAACACUUAUGAGACUCUGAAGAAAGCUACUAAAUCGAUCUCAGUUUAUUUGAAGGAGGAAAUUCCCAAGAGUUUUAAUUAUUCCAAAAGCCAAGACUGCCCUGACAUCCUUGUUGUAGCAAAGCCAGGGUACACAAUCAAAGGAGCGCUUGACGACUUCCAGGUGCCUGAGACGUGGAAAGAAACUUCCAUGCGAGGUUUGCACGGCUAUCUCCCUUCCAUGCCGGAUAUGAGAACCAUCUUCUUUGGUAUUGGCCCAGGGUUUAAAAAAAUGGGUAUUAUGGUACCCCCAAUUGACUUGGUAGAUAUCUAUCAGAUCUAUUGCAAUUUGUUGCAAAUUCCGGCACAACCAAACAAUGGGACUUUCGAAAAGGUCAAAAACUUUCUCGUCAAGGCCAACAUUUCAGAUGGAAACUCAAUGCACAAGUUUGACAUUUUAUUUAUGUUUUCAAUGCUAAUAUUUAAAAUUUUGAUGUAAAAUUUGAUAAAAGUGAAAAAUAAACACAUAAUCAUGAUUCAAAUGAAAAUCGAAUAAAAUGGCCAUGAUAUUAUGAAACUAUAAAAAUCAAUAAUAAAUUAUACACACCAACAAGUAGUAAGAUUUUUAAAACAAAUAAAUAUAAUUUUUUGCAACUAAAUACAGUAAAGGUGACAUAAGAGAUGAAAGAACAAUAAUAAUUAAAAGAAAGAUGAAUAUUGAUAAUUAAGAUUAAUUUAAUUUUUCAUGGGUAAAAAGUAUAAUUUGUGCUAGAAUCUGGUGAUCACCAGACAGAGCAUUUGUGCUCGGGGUUCAUUUUCGAACCGAGGGGGCAGUUGAAGUCCCUGGCGAACUCGGGCAAAUUAGAAAGCGGACCAUUGACUCUGAACUGUCCCGGCGAGUGGAACCCAGUGAGGAUUCGCAACUUUAUGGUCUCAGGUCGGUAUUUACUGCACCACACGUUAGCCGCGCUAAUCCAAAACAUCUGCUUUUGGGUGAAGUUCAGACCGGGCAAUAGGCCUUCCUCACCGUUCC